AUGCAGGAGUGCCCCGAGGGCCCCCAGGGCCCCCAGGGGCCCCAGGGGCCCCAGGGCCCUGAGCAACCCCCAGCGGGGGCCCCCCAGGCCCCCCAGGAGCCCCCGGGGCCCCCGGGGCCCCCGGGGCCCCCCGGGGGCCCCCCGGGGGCGCUGGGGGGCCCCCAGGGGCCCCUGACGGAGGGGGAGCACAGCUACUACUCGGGGGAGUCUGUGUGUUACGUGGAAGGCUGUCUGCUGCGUUUUGACUCUCGAGAAAGUUUGGGAGUUUUUUAUGACUCUUUGCACGACCGACUCGUGCAGCAGCAAAAGGGCCUUUUGACCAUCCGCGACUGCCAGCAGCAGCACCCCAAGCUCCGCAGCCACUACCCCAUCAG